AUUUGCAUAACCACUAUGUUGUCUCCCCGGCCUGGGGCUUUUCAUUCUUACUGCACCAUCCUUUGGUGCCAGGCAUCUCAGCCAGUCGAAGACAAAUUGAGGGAGGAGUCCGGGUUGGAGACUCAUCCCAGCUCAGUGGGGAAGCUGGCGGCACGGACCGCAUCCGCUCUGCGCGCCGCCCCAGUGCGCAGGCGCUGCCGGUUACGGAAGCCUGCAGGGGGCGGGGCCUCGGCGGGAGGCGCGGGGAAAAUGGCGGCGGCGGCCAACGGGACCGGAGGGAGCAGCGGGAUGGAGGUGGAUGCAGCAGUGGUUCCCAGCGUGAUGGCCUCUGGAGUGACGGGGAGCGUCUCCGUCGCUCUUCAUCCCCUGGUUAUACUCAACAUCUCAGACCAUUGGAUUCGCAUGCGCUCGCAGGAGGGGCGGCCCAUGCAGGUGAUUGGGGCUCUGAUCGGAAAGCAGGAGGGCCGGAACAUCGAGGUGAUGAACUCCUUCGAGCUGCUGUCUCACACCGUGGACGAGAAGAUUAUCAUUGACAAGGAAUACUAUUACACUAAGGAGGAGCAGUUUAAACAGGUGUUCAAGGAGCUGGAGUUUCUGGGUUGGUAUACCACAGGUGGGCCACCUGACCCCUCAGAUAUCCACGUCCACAAGCAGGUGUGUGAGAUCAUCGAGAGCCCCCUCUUUCUUAAGUUGAACCCUAUGACCAAGCAUACAGAUCUUCCAGUCAGUGUUUUCGAGUCUGUCAUUGACAUAAUCAACGGAGAGGCCACAAUGCUAUUUGCUGAGCUGACCUAUACUCUAGCCACAGAGGAAGCAGAACGCAUUGGUGUAGACCAUGUGGCCCGAAUGACAGCAACAGGCAGUGGAGAGAACUCCACAGUGGCUGAACACCUGAUAGCGCAGCACAGUGCCAUCAAGAUGCUGCACAGCCGGGUCAAGCUCAUCCUGGAGUAUGUCAAGGCCUCUGAAGCGGGAGAGGUCCCCUUUAAUCACGAGAUCCUGCGGGAAGCCUAUGCCUUGUGUCACUGCCUCCCAGUGCUCAGCACAGACAAGUUCAAAACAGAUUUUUAUGAUCAAUGCAAUGAUGUUGGGCUCAUGGCCUACCUUGGUACCAUCACCAAAACGUGCAACACCAUGAACCAAUUCGUGAACAAGUUCAAUGUCCUCUAUGAUCGGCAAGGCAUUGGCCGACGAAUGCGGGGGCUCUUCUUCUGAGAACCCGGGUACUUGAAAGGAUGAAGUGCAGGGUUGGACAACUAUACCCAAAAGGAGGGAUGCUACUUCCCCCAUUAGAGAAACUGAUCCUUAAUAAAAGGGGAGCAGCCCCUCAGCACC